UUUCGGCUGCGCCUUUCUGGUGCUGCAGAGGCCGCUGCAACUGGAUAUGCUGGGGUGGGUAUUGUUUUGAGCGAACGAGUGGAAGCGUCUCUGCUUAAUUGGAUACCCGAUGAUAGUCGUCCCUGUGCGGUUUCUUUGGCAACAUCGGUGAGAGAAUCUAGAGGAAGUUGGGUUCAUCGAGUGUUGUUUAUUGUGUCUGCUUAUUCCCCAACUGACUGUAGCUCUGAAUCUGCCAAGGACAGUUUCUAUUACGCUUUAGGUGCCCUUCUACAUCAGGCUAAAAGCCCAGGUAUCGUUGUGGUUGCUGAUGACAUGAACGCCCAGCCUAAGUCCAGUCCUGAAGAUCGGCUCUCACGGUUUGAGGCCGCCCAUGAAUGCCGCAAGCUAGCGAAUGGAACGUUGGCGACGAUUUCUUCCUUAGUGGAACAAGAUUACCUUUCAGUGAUUUUGGCCGCUUCGUCUACCCCGAUGUGGAUUGGAUUGCAGCUUGUUGGCGGGGAGCAUAGAUGGGAUAACCAAGCAAACGUUACAUUGACGAAUUGGCUUAAGCGACAACCUACCGGUGGAGAACAGGUCCGGUGUACUAUGGCUCACAACGGACAGAAGCAUUUGGGUGAAUGGGAAGAUGUUGAUUGCGACACUAAACUCGGUUACCUUUGUCAAGUUCAUCCAACGGCCGGCUCAUUUCAAGCGACUACAGGAUUCUCGCCAGAUCAAGGGCGCUGCCGAACAGGCUUUACUGAAUUCAACAGUCGCUGUUAUCGUAUUGACUCCAGAGUAACUUCGCAAACUGAAUCGGCUCCUACCAUGCUAGGCCAAGAUUUGUGCCCAUCACGUCUGACUCCACAUUCCUCCGGAGAAGUAGCUCUACUGCGUUUCUUGGCGAAUACUCAACCGGGCUUGGCAGAGGGUCCCAUUUGGAUUGGCGUAAACUUCACGUACAACGCAGCAGAUGCCACGAAAUUUCAGUUUCUUGCCGAGGAUAGCCUACCGGUUACCAUUUCAUCAAUGCUGGACUUUGCCAAAAUACCUUCAACUACUGCUUCUGAGAGUGGUUUCAGCCAACCUACGGUCGCUCCCGUAUGUGUGGCUCUCGCUCCCGACAGUCAGGAUUUAGUUUGGACGCGUUGUUCUACCCCGCUCCCAUCAGUCUGUGGUUAUCCGCUAGCCGACUUUACAUUCCGUGCCGCUACAAUGGACACUGCUUGUCCGACGGGUUGGUCGUCAUUUGGCCAUACGUGUUACUCGCCUGUGAAUGACACCGUAGAUACAUGGGCGGGUGCGGAGGCCGUUUGUCAGUCGCUUCACAGUGAAAGUCAUGUGGUCUCUUUGCGCAGCCCAAACGAGCAGCAGUUUGUGAGUGAACUAUUGCGUGGUGCACGUGGAUGGCUUGGACUGCGGGUUCAGGUUUGGACAGGUUCGGAUCGGAUUCUUCGAUUUCAGUGGUCUGAUGGUAGUCCGAUCAACUUUCUUUUCAACCUGGAGAAAUUACUGUCUGGUUGGAGAGCAGGCGAAAUAGAGCAAUGUUUUGUUUUGCAUGGUUCCACACGUGAUUGGGAUCGUGUGAGCUGUUCUGAUCGACACGCAUUUAUGUGUCAGUUGACUCUCUCUGAUCAGUCACCACUGCCUCCCACAUUGGGUCCAUCGAAAACAACAGGUCCAUCGAAUGUGAUAUGUUCAGACACUGGACUUGUUCCGCAAAUGUGUAUUGAACUCCAGAAUACUCGUCGUGUAUUUUGGGAUGCAGCGGAUGGGUGUCAGUCAACCGGAAAGACCCUAUUAACCAUUCCCAGUAAGGAACAUCAGAAAUUUGUAAUGGAUAACCUGCAGAAAUUAUCCGGUGGAAGGCCCGUGAAGGCCUUCGUUGGACUGUUUUCGUCUGCUGGCAGAUGGCGUUGGGUUUCGGGAUACAAAUCACUGCCUUCCACUUUCUGGAGCCCUAAUCAUCCACAGCAGGAGUACCAUUGUGUUUAUGUCGAUACUGACGCCAAGGGAUUGGAUACAUGGAAAUCAGGGCCGUGCGAUGCACACCUACCUUUUAUCUGUGGCACUUCUCUACCGGAUCCCGAACCGACCGGUACAAACCUACAAAUGACCACUUGUCCGCAGAAUUUCCUUCGGAUCGGAGCUAGCUGUUUUUCUGUGAAUGCUGGGCUGUCGGACAGGGUAACUUGGCACGCUGCUAGUGAACGUUGUAAGGCUGCCGGAGGGGACUUGGCCACCGUUAGUUCGUUGCAUGAGCAAGAUGGCUUAACAGCACUUCUUGGUCUACAAUCCCUGUCUGCUUGGAUUGGUCUUCAUCUCCUCGAUGGGGUCCAUUCCUGGGUGCGGGGAAGCCCGGUCGUGUUCACUAAUUGGGGCAAAGGUCAACCAGCUGGUCGUGGUACGCGAUGUACCUUCGUUGAUCGGCAUUUUACCAGCCUUGGCGAAUGGGGUGAUGAAGAGUGUGACGUACCCAUGGGCUACAUAUGUCAAGCAGAUCCAAUUCCCGACAAAGGUACAAGUCUUAUUCCCAAGCUUGAUGGUUUAUUCGUCCGGGGUCGUUGUGCCGACGGCUACUACGAAUAUCGGAAACAGUGUUUCGGCAUCCAUUCCAUGCUCCAAAGUAGGAGCGCUACUGACUUGCGAGAUCCGGUGACUGGUCAGUGUCGGAGGAUGGUUCACAUCGCUGGGCCCGAUUGUUCGACUCACUGGGGUACUGUCACUUGCCCGGUUGUUGGAACGCCGCACACCCACGCAGACGCCGCGUUUCUUCGCGUUUUGCUCAGUCAGUUUGGUGGGUAUGCGAAAAAUGCUUGGAUCGGAUUGAAGGUUCGAAGGAACAACGGAUCGCUGCAAACAUUUUCCGAAGACGAAUCACUCUUGGGUGCCUCGACUCUAAUAGCCUUCGAUCGAGAUUCGCUGACCGGAAGUGACCGAUGGGAUUCGACCGAUUCACGUUACCAUUGUGUCGUUGCUUCUAUCCUGAAUACACAACUCAAAGUGGUUGACUGCGAGGAAAUUGAAUUGCCAGCCAUAUGUGCCUAUUAUCUUGAUGACCAUGCCUUGCAUAGUAAAAAUCGGGCUAUUGAUGCCGAUAAAUGUCCUCCGGGAUGGAGCCCGUUUGGCGGAAAGUGUUAUGCAGUGAUGCCCCCUAGCGAUCGUAAGAACUGGUCCGCUGCGGAGAAGACCUGCAAUUCUCUUACUACUCAUUUCUCCUCGCCGCUUGACGUCACCCUUGAAGGCCACUUGGUUUCCAUUCAUUCUCUAGAGGAGCAGCAUCAUCUAACGGAACUGGCGCCAAAUACAUCGCUCUGGCUGGGCCUAAACAUCUUUUACACUCCUGUCCUUGCAGUGAACUGCGACAACACUUUCCCUUUGAACUCCAAGUCCUCUGGCGACUGCUACCGUAUCCUUCAGUCUGCACAGACCUGGGCAAGUGCAGAGCGUGCUUGCAGUUCUCUAAGAACGGGCGCCCACUUGGCCUCAUUCCAUAACCGAGAAGAGUUGGACGAAUUGGUCGAUCUCGUUUCGCAAAGUGGCUUUCAAAAGGAGAAUGUUUGGAUUGGACUGUACGAGUCGGACCUCGCCUAUCACUGGUCAGAUGAAAGUGCUGUCACUUAUAUCCCAUUAUCCGCUGAUCAGAGUAAAUACGGUCGGCAUUUAUCACAAGACUGUUUCGUCCUAUCACCCAGUUUGGAUGUGGAAUUCGUCGCCAGUCUAUUGGAUGAUUUGCCACCGAAGAUCUCGUCGGCUUGGAUUGGACUGCAACAAAGCCUUUCGAAUGAUACACCUAGCGCGAUUUGGUCAGAUGGUUUACAGUGUCGGUUCAUGCGCCCAAUCCAUCGAGAAGCUAUUCAGGAAGUCGUCAACUCAGGACAACUUUCGAUGUGUACCGCUCUGUAUCGUUCAACCUACCCUCGUUUGAACGGUCUAUGGCUGCAAUGGUCCUGUGAAAAACCCGUGCUUCUAGCGAGCAUUUGUCAGGCCUCUCCACCACCCGUUCGGACCGAUGACCUUAAAUUGACAUCUUCUAGCUGCCCUUCAGGUUUCUAUCUCGGGACAACUGGGCUUUCGCCGAUGUCACCCGGGGGCCGGACCGGAAAAUCACCUGUCUGCUAUCGUCUCCUUAAUACAAACAAAAAGUUGAACUGGAAGAUGUGUACCGCUCUGUAUCGUUCAACCUACCCUCGUUUGAACGGUCUAUGGCUGCAAUGGUCCUGUGAAAAACCCGUGCUUCUAGCGAGCAUUUGUCAGGCCUCUCCACCACCCGUUCGGACCGAUGACCUUAAAUUGACAUCUUCUAGCUGCCCUUCAGGUUUCUAUCUCGGGACAACUGGGCUUUCGCCGAUGUCACCCGGGGGCCGGAAAAUCUCUCAACCUGUCUGCUAUCGUCUCCUUAAUACAAACAAAAAGUUGAACUGGAAGGAAUCGAGUGAGCAUUGCAAAGCGUUGAGCACACCAGGUAACAACGUUUCCCUUCUAUCCGUUGCGUCCGUAUUUGAGGCCAGUUUCUUACGCUCUUGGCUCCGAAUGCCCCAAGAAAUGGGCGGUGCAGGCUUGGCUGCUGACGAACCCGUUUGGUCUGGUUUACAGGUUACAAACAGAUGCCCCGAUUGUUACGGGAAUUGGACAUGGGACACACUGGAUAACGCCUCCGUCCGUUUCACUGACUGGCUGAUCCCACCUACACCCACUCCAUCUGGUUGCUAUAUUUUCCACCCGAAUCCUUACACUCGUCGUGAAUCCAUGGCUAAUUCUGGCUUGGGCAGUCUUCAGCCUGUUGGUUCUUGUGACCUUACCUACUUCGCUGUGUGUCAGACUUUGGCGAACGAAACUGUGGAGCAGCAUAGAACGGAUGCUUCAGUAACACCAGCUGCACAUCAGGCUAUCAGACCAAACUGCUUCAUUUUUGACGCUCAUGGUUCUGACAAACUGUUUUUGACUAACGUGACCCAAUCUCAUGCAGGUCGACCAUGUAUCAGGUGGGACCUUGUGCCAAAUAACCUUACCGACUUUCGUCUGGACUCCAGUUGGUUGAAACAUCGUUUGCAUAUGACGGAAAUAGUUGGUGCCGAUGGUUUUGCAUCUUACGCGGAAAAUUACUGUUCUGUGCUCUACCAUGUACAACUUCGAGAAUACAAGUACGAGUGCUACGUUAGCUUGGAUCCCCUUACAUCUGAAGAAUGUGAUCUCAUACCGUGUCCACAUAUCCUGCGACGUUUCUACCUUCUGGGACCGGUGACCACAGCAAUCAUAUUGAUGUUUCUUCUGGGCGCUGUUAUCAUCCUGGCUGUCGGUUUUUGGCGAGGCUAUGCACCUUUCCGCUCAGGUUACCGACGUUACUUCUCCCCAAAACGUUUCAGUUCCAGCCGGGUGCAUCGCUCAUCUGUACAGUUUGUUCCACCAGACACUGUUUCUUGUGUUCAACCAGUCCAUGUCAACGAUAGCACCAAUGGGUACGUUAGAGCUGCCCACAAUAACAAAUCCAAGGGGACUUCAGAAAAGGUCGCUAAUCCAGACCAGUCACGUCUCCUUCUCAAUCAGCCAGUCGCGGGAAACAAUGACGCAUCUGACAGUCCGGGUUACAUAUAUACUCCUCCGGUUGGCCCAGUUGACCGUGCUCAAACAGGCUUUACCAAUCCUAUCUAUGCGCCACAUAGUUUCAUCGUUCCCGAAGACGAUUAUGAUCCGGAAGCGGAUAUGUGAGACAAUGUUCCGCUUUCUGCGAUCUGCGAGAUUCCAAAGCUUCGUGAAUUAUUUAAAAGCUUCAGAAAUCCCUUUCAUUAUCUGUUCAAGACUACACCAUAGAAUCUCCCGUUUUUUCAAUCCGGUCAGAGGCUGUAAAUUCGGAUUUCAUGCAUCGUGUGAUCACUCGCUUAUGCUCCUCUUAUUUUUUCACGACUGUUAUUGGUGGAACAAACUUGCGACAUUCUGUUUUGUUUUAUGAAGGAUUCUCACGUUUAUUCGGCUGUGUUCAACAUAUUUUGUUUCGCGUUGCCCACCUGUGCUCGUCAGUUCAUAUAGCCUUUUCCAUGUGAUAUAUUUGGAUGAUCGGUCGGUUUAGCCUUUCUUACUCAUCUCCCAAGGCUUUCGUUUGGCACACUGAGUAACGAUUUAUAUUUUUCUACGACACAGUGGGUGUCGUCUACGUCAAUUUUUUGAAAGUUAAGAUAAGGCUUUUUUGAUGCAUUGCAUCACCACUUCUAAUGUGAAAUCGACCAGGACGACAUCAGCUACCCCUUUUGACAUUGUUUUCGCUCACGAGGCAGCGCCUUCUUAUAAUCCCGGUUGCAGGACUUCGUGGGCCAGGAUGUACAUCCAUGUCCGAUUGACAGUCAUCAUGAUGCUUAGAAAUAGAAUACUGGAGACGGAA